GGAACCUCGUCAAAUCACGAUGGAUAUUGUUCCAAUUAUUCUUCUUGCUUUUGUGAGUUCGGUUCUGGGUGCCUUGAGCAACGAGCGGGAUACCAUAGACAAAAGUAAAUUGAUGGGAGUGGACGCCAUACACGAUAAUAAUAUUAAAAUAGACAAGGACACUAUUAUCACGCGUAAUUUGAAGUUGGAAAAGAAAAAUCGAGCUAAAAAUGUGGCGCAUCAUCGACAACCGGAGGAAGAAAAGGACCCUGAUUGGUCGUACGCCGCUAUUCCGCAAGAGCUAUCCGACCACGUAAACGAUUUUAAGCGUAACAUGACGGAGUGCCUUAAAGAAGUGCAGGCCAAAGACAAGAGAACCGUCAAAAGGCUCUCCCCUAAAACGGAAUCUCCGGUUCACGGGGAAUGCCUCAUCGCCUGCGUUCUUAAACGCAAUGGCGUCAUAGAGAAAAGCAAGAUUAAUAAAGGAAAUUUAAUUAGUUUAGUGAGUAAAUUCUACGCCAAAGAGACAAAGAUGAUGAAGAAGUUGGAGAAGAAUUUGGAUCGGUGCAUUGAAAUGAGCGUGCGAUUCCAAGACGACGAAUGCAAACUAGCUUCUCAUCUUAACGAUUGUACAAACGAUCUCAUGGCGAGCAAUAAACACAAAGUUGUUGUAAAUUACUGAUAUUAUUAAAGGAAAAGCUAUGUUAAUGUAAAUGCGUUUUUUUUUUCAAUCACGACAGCAGACCCGGUUAAGCUAACUGCGCAUCUCACUGGAAUGCGAUUAUCCUUUGAAAUCAUUCUCAAAUCUCCCCGCGCUUGCUCGUCCUUAGCCAUCUUUAGCAUACUCUCUCUCAUCUGUGUCUGUGAUCUUUAGCGCGAUGUUAAUAUUAACUUUAUGGUUCCAAAUCGAUUAUAGCGACA